AUGGAGACAGCCAAUGGAACCAAAGUGCAGGACUUUAUUUUGGUUGGCUUUGAUAUUGGGCAGCACAAUCGGCUGCUAAUUCUCAUCGUUUUUGCUGCUCUCUACAUCAUCACUAUGGCUGAGAACAUCACUAUUAUCACACUAGUACGUGUAGAUACCCACUUGGCCCAUCUUCCCAUGUACAUCUUGCUGAGCAAUUUCUCCUGGCUAGAGAUAUGCUAUGUGAGUACAACUGUGCCUCGUAUGCUCUAUGACCUGGCAUCGCCUUAUGGGAUCAUCUCCUUCCAAGCUUGCUUCCUCCAGUUCUACAUCUUCUUCUCUCUUGGCAGCACAGAAUGCUUCUUCCUCUCAGCCAUGGCCUUGGAUCGGUACUUGGCCAUCUGCCACCCACUGCGCUACCCACAGCUGAUGUCCCCAAAUUCCUGCUAUGCCUUGGUUGCUGCUUGUUGGGUCAUUAGUUUUCUGGGGUACAGUGUCCCAGUUUGUUUGAUCUCCAAGUUGUCCUUCUGUGGCCCCAAUGCCAUUGACCACUUUGUCUGUGAUCCUGGCCCUCUUCUUUCACUGGCCUGCCCACCAUUAGGAAACACCCCUCUUCUCUACCAAUUUUCCAUGAAUAUCCUAGUUAUACUAGGCAACCUAUUCUUUGUUGUGCUCUCCUAUGGGGCUGUGAUUCUCACACUGAGGAAAACUUCUAGCCAAAGUGGUCGUACAAAGGCUUUCUCCACUAUAUCUUUCCACCUAGUUGUAGUCACACUUUUUUAUGGUUCGGUGGCAGGGAUGUAUGUAGCUCCAGGAGGAGAAGGCCAAUCGCACAUCACUAAAGUAGUAACACUCUUCUGCACAGCUAUCACACCCUUUCUCAAUCCCCUGAUCUACUGUCUGAGGAAUGACCAGGUGAGGGAAGCUCUGGGUAAGUUGCUGAGGAGAAAGGAGAGGUGUCUGAGGAAAAAGCUGACACUGUAA